AUGUUCAGAGGCAACCAAUUGCUGCGACAAAUCAAGAAGAGUAAUCACUCCCUCUUCUCUUUGCAACAACAACAAUUGAGAAAUAAGAUUAUUGGUAUUGACUUGGGUACCACUAACAGCUGUGUUGCUGUCAUGGAAAGUAACAAGAAUGCCCGUGUGAUUGAAAACGAUAUCGGUGCCAGAACAACACCAUCUGUUGUAGCCUUCGAUAAGGAUGGAAACCUCUUGGUUGGUGCUUUGGCAAAGAGACAAGCCGUAACCAAUCCAAAGAAUACACUUACGGCCAUUAAAAGAUUAAUCGGUCGUCGUUUUGAUGACCCAAUGACCAAACGUGAUAUGGAAAUUGUGCCAUACGAAAUUAUUCGUGGUCCUAACGGUGAUGCUUGGGUAAGAGCUGGCGGAAAGGAUUUAUCACCAUCUCAAGUCAGUGCUUUCAUUUUGCAAAAGAUGAAGGAAACCGCUGAAAGCUAUUUGGGAGAGAAGGUAACUCAAGCCAUUGUUACCGUUCCAGCUUACUUUAACGAUUCUCAAAGACAAGCCACCAAAGAUGCUGGUACUAUUUCUGGUUUGACUGUUGAACGUAUCAUCAACGAGCCUACUGCUGCUGCUUUGGCUUACGGAUUGGAUACUUCCAAGCACGGUAUCAUUGCUGUUUACGAUUUGGGUGGUGGUACUUUUGAUAUUUCAAUCUUGGAAAUUCAAGAUGGUGUUUUCGAAGUCAAGGCUACCAAUGGUGAUACAUUCUUGGGAGGUGAAGACUUUGAUCAUAAAGUUGCUGAAUGGCUCAUUACUGACUUCAAGGCUAAGGAAGGAGUCGAUUUGUCAAAGGAUCCAAUGUCUUUGCAACGUAUCCGUGAAGCUGCUGAAAAGGCCAAGAUUGAAUUGUCCAGUGCUCAAUCCACAGAUAUCAACUUGCCAUUCAUUUGCUCCACUCCAGAAGGUCCAAAGAACUUGCAAACCACAUUAACUCGUGCCAAAUACGAACAAAUGACUGCUGAUUUGGUGAAUCGUACCAUUGAACCAUGCAGAAAGUGUUUGAAAGACGCUGGAAUUUCCUUGAAGGAUAUCAAUGAAGUGGUCUUGGUCGGAGGUAUGACUCGUAUGCCACGUGUUCAACAAUUGGUUUCUGAAUUCUUUGGUAGAAAGCCAUCCAAGAAUGUGAAUCCUGAUGAAGUUGUUGCUUUGGGUGCUGCCAUCCAAGGAGGUGUUUUGAAAGGAGAUGUUGAUGGUAUUGUCUUGUUGGACGUGACACCACUCUCUUUGGGUAUUGAAACAUUGGGAGGAGUCUUUUCAAGAAUGAUUAAUCGUAAUACAACCAUUCCAACCAAGAAGAGUCAAAUCUUUUCCACUGCUGCCGAUAAUCAAACUCAAGUCGGAAUUAAGGUCUUCCAAGGUGAGAGAGAUAUUGCUGCCUAUAACAAGUUGUUGGGUCAAUUCGAGUUGGUUGGUAUUCCAGCUGCACCAAGAGGUGUUCCUCAAAUUGAAGUAACCUUUGAUAUUGAUGCCAAUGGUAUUUUGAACGUUAGUGCUGUGGAUAAGGCAUCUGGAAAGGAACAACAAAUUACUAUUCAAUCAAGCGGUGGUUGA